GGAGCUUUGCUGUGCAGUUCAUAAUACAUCAGUGCUCCUAACGAAACUGGUCAAUUAUUUUGUAAGCGAUGGCGUACAAGAGUUUGAUCAUUUUACUUUGUGUGGUUGCUUCGGUGUGGUCUACGUACACUGAUAAAUAUGAUAACAUCAACAUAGACGAAAUUUUGGGGAAUGAAGUGUUAUUGGAAAAUUAUGUGAAUUGCAUUAUGGAUAAAGGGAGAUGUACUCCCGAAGGAAAGGAACUAAAAAAUCAUAUUAAAGAAGCUAUGGAAAACGGCUGUAAGGAAUGUACUGAGAAGCAAAAGCAGGGAACUCGCGAUGUUAUCAAGUUCCUCAUAGAACAUAAGCUAGAAACUUGGAACGAGCUGUGCAACAAGUACGACCCCACCGGCAAGUGGAGGAAGCAUUACGAAGAUGACGCAAAGGCCAAUGGAAUCAAAAUCCCGUAAUUCAACCAUGUAUUCAUUUCUUUUCAUUUUCAUGGGGUCUUGAAAAUAAAUUUAUUCAAUUAAA